AUGAGUGGUUUUCGCAAUACUAUGAAGGGUGGCUGGCACCCCGAAGGCAAAGACGGGGGAAAGGAGAGCUGGCGCGGUGAUUUCAAAGGCCUUAACCAAGUAGCAGGAUGGAUGGGAAAGGGCAAAGACGGUGACUCUGAACGCUCUGGUUCUGGCUCAGGUGCUGGCUCUGGCUCUGGCUCUGGCUCCGGUUCUGGACUUAGUUCUAAAUUUGGUUUUGGUUCUGGGUCUGGUUCUGGACAGUCCUCCCAAUCGCAAGGGGGUAUCAGAAACCAAGUCAAAGGCCAAGUGGCUGGAUUUUUGGGAAAGGGCAACAACACCGAAGUCGACCGCUCUGAUCAUGUCUCCCAACCAUUAUCAUCGCUCAAAGACCCCUUAUCUUUCGGGCCUCCUCCCAAACACAGUCACUACCAUGGAGCGGCAGCGGUGCCAAACCGAACGACACCUGACCAUGGAGGUUUAGGAGCUCCACUGACCCAGGACCAAAUAAACGCCCAGCACAGGCACGAACAAGAAGCGGCUCAAGCAGAGGAGGAAGAAUUACAAAAGCGCGCAGCACCUCCUGUCCCAUAUCGCGCGGAUACAACCGGCUUGUCUACGAACAACCUUCCUCCGCCACCACGACGAGUAGAUUCGACGAGUCCCGCUUCCACGGCCUCAAUCUCCAAGUCCAACCCGCCGAAGCCACCCCCGCGGCUUCCUGCCCGCAAUAGCCCUUCCAGCCUAGAGCCACCCCCGGUGUAUUCAGCCACACCUGUGAUCUCCGAUGAUUAUAUCAAUCAAGACGCUACAUCUCGUCUGGCAAAUGCGGGCGUCUCAGUUCCUGGGUUUGGAAUCGGACAAGAGAAAGCCCCGUCACCUGGAAAUACGCCCGUGAAUGAACUACAAUCACGGUUUUACCAGAUGAAUACCUCGGGGCCUCCAACGGCACCCGCCCCGCCGGCCAGGGCCUCGACGAACAUAGAGGCGCAGUCUCCGAGCAGCACCUCCUCUAUCCAGAACUUCCGCGAACGUCAUGGGGAUAAAAUUGAUUCGGGCAAGCAGAAAUACGCCGAUUUCCGAGAGCGACAUGCGGACUCUAUCGACUCUGGCAAACAGAAGUAUGGUGACUUCCGCGAACGCCAUGCCGACUCAAUUGAUGCGGGCAAACAGAAAUUGAGCGGUGUCACCUCUCGUUUCACUGGCUCUUCUCCGGCACCCCCACCCCCGGCUCGAGCCUCAACGAUACAAGCUCCGGAGCACACGCGCAGUACAUCCUCUGUUCAAGAUUUCCGUGAUCGCCAUGCAGACAAGAUCGAUGCAGGGAAACAGAAGUAUGGUGACUUCCGGGAGCGCCAUGCCGAUUCGAUCGAUGCUGGCAAACAAAAGUUGAGUGGUGUUGCAUCCCGUUUCACUGGCUCGUCCCCAGCACCCCCGCCGGCUCGGCCCGCGUCGAAUACUUCGAGCAUGAACCUAGAACCAGCGGAGCCUGCACGGGGCACAUCCUCCGUGCAGGAUUUCCGUGAGCGUCAUUCAGACAAGAUCGAGAUGGGCAAAGAGAAGUGGGGCGGGGUCAGCUCGCGCUUCAGCACGUUUGUUGAGGAUCGCAAGUUCUCUGCUGAUGCCAACAAACGUAUCCCUCGCCCGCCUUCCCGUCCCGUCUCGAUGGCCCAAUCGAACUCUCCCGCGUUAUCACCCGCUGAGCCAGAUCUCCAGACUCAAGCUCAACGCAAGAAGGCACCUCCGCCGCCCCCGCCCAAGCGAGCCGAAUUUCGAGCUCCUGCGGUUGGGGCUUCGCCGUCAUCAUCCCCGGCACCUCCCCCCAUUCCUCUUGGCACUAAGCCUCGCUGA